UGUUUUUGGUGGUUUCUUGAACCCACAGGGAUUGAGCAGCAAAGAAGCACAUGGAGGCGUUAAAGAGGGCGGUGAUCCGAGUAGCCGCCACCCCGGAUGGCCGCCUCCAGGAGCUGCCGUUCCUCCAACGCUCCCUCCUCCUCCCUCUUCUCUCCUUCGCUUCCUCUCUCUUCCGCCUCUCCGUCGCCCUACGCCGCCGUCUCUACCGCUUCGGCCUCCUCCCUCGGCACAGGUUGCCGGUGCCGGUAAUCAGUGUUGGCAAUCUGACAUGGGGCGGCAAUGGGAAGACGCCCAUGGUGGAAUUCAUCGCCCGGAUCUGUGUCGAGGCCGGAAUCCCGCCUCUUAUCCUCACCAGGGGCUAUGCAAGUGGUGAUGAAGCUAAAAUGCUUGAGAGACAUCUUUCAGGGACUUCUGCUAGGAUUGGUGUAGGUGCAAACAGGACUGCUGUUGCAGCUUCUAUAUUUGAAAGGCAUGGAUACGUGAAAUUUGAAAACACAUUAUAUUCAAAGAAACUCUCAAAUCCUCACGAGUUUGGAUCUGCAUCAGAGAAUGGAAAAGUUGGUGUUGCCAUCCUGGAUGAUGGAAUGCAGCAUUGGAGCAUGUUGUGUGAUGUGGAAAUUGUUAUGUUAAAUGGCUUAAUGCCUUGGGGGAACAACCAUUUGAUUCCGCGUGGGUCUUUGAGAGAACCACUGGGUGCACUUUCUAGAGCGGAUAUCAUUGUAGUUCAUCAUGCAGAUUUGGUAUCUGAUGGGCAGCUUAAAGUCAUAAAGUCAAAGAUGCAUACUGUUGAUGCAUGCCAUGCCGUAUUUUUCACUAGAUUGGCACCAUCACACUUUUUUGAAGUCAAGAAUCAGCACUCAACAUUGCCACUCAGUGUGGUGCUUAACAGGGUUGUACUGUGUGUUUCUGCGAUUGGUUUUCCAAAUGCUUUUGUCCAGGCAGUUGGGAAGAUUGGGCCAUUGCUUGUUGAUAGGUUAGACUUCGGUGAUCAUCACUCCAUUCAAUUAAAUGAUAUUGAGAUGAUCAAAGAGAGACUUGGCAAACUCAAGGAUAGAUUCAAUACUGAAGUUGUUGCAGUGGUGACGGAAAAGGACUAUGAUCGUGAUGCACUAAUUUUAAGGGAGAUACACAAUUUUGAUGUUCUGGUCCUGUGUUCUUCUUUUCAAAUCAUGCCAUCUUACGGACAGGGAGAGGAUACCUUUAGGAGGAAGCUCAAGGAGCUGAUAAUUUCAAAGUUUGGAGGAUGAAACAUGUUUUUGCUCAAGUUUUCUUCUCUGUUAUGUCUCAGAUUAGUUAAAUCUCAGUAGCACCCAUUCCCUCUGCCGGCAAGGACAUUCCCUCUUUAUGAUCCUCUAGCUUGGCCGGUCCUCUGCACACUUGGUGCAGCUCUUGUCCUGGUGGCGGUCUCUAAACAAGAAAAAGAAAAAAAAGAGCAAAAUAUACAAUCGUUGUAAUUUAAUUUCUUUUUACUGUUGAUGUAAUUUAAUUUCUGGUUGUAGUCAUCUAGUGGAAUGGUUAAAAGAAUAACAUCAAAACCUGAACCUGGUAAUAAAUUGUUAUUGAAUUGCCUGAGUUAUUUCCUAAA